AUGUGGCCAUAUGUCAACCCCUGGGCAAGCCUCAUGGCCUGGAAGGCCUGCCUUCAGCUGGCGGCUGGAUCCUGGCUGGCGGGAUUGCUCAUGUCCACUGUAGUCAUCACAUUGUUUUCCAAGUUACAG